CUUAUGGUGACGCCGAAAAGGAUACCUCGUCAGCUGGAACUCAACGUCACACAGCAGCCAGAGUCUGGCAGCGCGUAGUAAUAAAAGUUAACACGUGUUCGUCCACGUGAGCAUCCGACAAUCAAGAAAUUACAGAGGACACACUCGUCUUGAUCAAUGUCUCGAUGACGGACUACUCCCUAUUCACCAUUUCCGACUUUGAUGCUAAUGACUACGCCAACGCGAUUCUUGCUGGCGAGCCGUAUCCGCAAGUUCACCAAACGCAGUAUGCAAAGCCUCGAACGGGUGCAGCAUUAGAAUCAGCAAAAGAGGACAUAUCAGUCGCGAUAUCUAAGUUGGACUUGAGCAUCGAGGAUGUGAGCAAGCAAAUCAAGAACUUGGUUACUACCCACCACGAAGAGCUACUUCAGCGAGCAGCAGGCGUUAAUAACCUCUCUGGAUCACUGACUUCAGUUCGACGUGGCUUGGACGACGUUGAUGCCUCUUUGGAGAAACUUCGCCAGAAAAUUCGUGUUCCGUACCAAAAUUUGGAAACCAAUGCAACAAGGCUUCAGCGUAUUCGUCAAGCCUCUGAUGCGCUGCGACGUAUCUCACGUUUUGUUGUCCUCUCGCGACGUCUGGAGACUCAGAUGUCCGAGCUUGCUGCGUUUGACAAGCAGAGUGCUACUGAGAAGAAGCAAAAGCGUAAUGAUUCAGAAGGCCUGUCCGCAGAUCAGCAGGAUGACAAGGAACGCACCAUUGCUAAGGCGGCAUUGACAAUUGCAGAGCUAGGUGCCUUGCUGGAUGGACCUGAAGACACUGGAGAUACCCCAGGGAAAGACUCAUCAGAAGCUGACGAUAGGAUUUCCCCAGCAAUGGAUUCUUUGGUCUCCCUCCGAUCUGUGAAAGCAGCGGCGGUACAUAUACCAUUCAUCGAAGAAGCGCAAUAUAAGGUCACACAUGAGAUGCAAUCAAUGAUCAGAACUGGUCUUUCCACUUUGGAUCAAUCACUGUUGGCAUCCUCGCUACAAACAGCGUACAACUUAGGUGCACUCCCGAUGCUCGUACAGGGCCUAUCAAGAGACCUUUGUGACGCCGUAGAGGAACGGAUACGAACAGCAUUCGAUCUCUCACGCAUUUCGAAGGAAGUUGUUUCGAGAGAAAGUGCGCCAUCCUCUCAAGGUCUCUUAUAUAAGUCGCGUGUACGAACAGAACCAACGAACAUCACCGCACCACAAUGGACAGCUGCGCUUUGGGCCCGCCUCGAGUCUCUUAUUGAGGAGAUGGCAUCAUGCUGUAUUAAGGUAUACACUCUCGAGAAGGUCCUGAAAUUGAAGAAGGACCCGGUCACUCAACGAUCAUUCCUUGACGAUGUGAUGAAGGUUCUAGAGAACAAACCUAGCUCAAUAUUCUGGACAUCACUAGGACGCUCCCUUGAGAAGUAUGCUCGUGAUGCUGCCAAAGGAUCAACCUUUCUUCAACAAACUCUUAGCUCUGGUUACCCCAAAUUCUUGCGCCUUUUCCACGAAUUCUUUGCCAAAAUCGCAGUGCAUACCGACACAGUCUACACACAAUCACAGCAGUCACCAGAAACUGUCCUCGUCCUCCACGCACUCUCCACUUUUGAGGCUCUCUACCUCUCUCGUUCGACAACCCGCUUGAAUGAAGCCAUUUCCCAGGCUUUCGCUGGUGGCUCACGCUCACCUCCAGGCGCCAACGAAGGAGUCACAAUCGCGCGAGCGGUGAUGAAUGAGCUCGAUUCUGCUAGGUUUGAUCCUUUGUUGAUUCUUGCGGUGGCGAGAAACAUUGCCACGGCUCUCGAUGGUGCGACAAUGAGGGCCGAGAGUCUAAUUUCCUCAGAUCGCUCAGCGGUUGCGCUUCUUGGGCCGAUAGCUACCCCACAACAGAUUUUAAACGGUCAGGUCGCAACGUGCCUGUAUCAUUGCUGGACGAAGCUGGAGAAGGUAGCAGAAGAAUACUCAGAGAGCGCAGCUGCACUUGUAAGACCCAGUGUAAAGAAACUGCACACCACUUACGAUGGCAUCGUCGACCCGCUUCUGAUGGCGAUACGAAGGGAGCUCGCUUCCAUCGUCUCAAGACUUCAUAGGGUUGACCUGCAGAAGACCAUGGACCCGAUGGCGGGCAUGGCAGGGCCAAGCUUGUACAUGAAAGACCUCGCUGAUAAACUCAACUUCGUCAAGACGCAGGUCUUCAUUAAUUUUACGAGCGAAGUAACGCAAUCCUGGGUGCUCUCGAUCGUGAAGUACGUCAUCCGAAUCUUUGUGCUCCAUGCCAGUAUCGCGAAGCCGUUGGGGGAGAGUGGGAAGCUGCAACUCACGACAGACAUGACGGAGCUCGAAUUUGCGCUGGGUGCGUUCCUCGGGCCUUCAAGCAAGCGUGGCCUCGAGGUAGCGGGGGAGGAGUACAAAAUGCUCAGAGCAAUGCGACCCCUCCUCUUCCUUGACACACCUUCGCUUGCAGUUCCUACGCACGCCUCUAACCUGCCUCCGCUCGUAGUGCUGCACCAUAUUCUCGUACGGUCUCCGCUGCCGCUGCCGCACAUAAUGCAUGGAUGGCAGGAAGCGGAGUAUGUGCGGUGGGUGGAAGAACAUAGAGAAGAGGAGGCGUGGGGAUUAGUUGAGGCUGCGCUGGUUGGGAAGGAGGGAGAGGAAUAUGUGGAGCUUGCGAGGAGGGUACUGAGGCAGGCGAGAGGCGAGUGAGGCAAGUGUAUAGUAUAAUGCUUUGUUUGUAACUUGGCUGGGACGAGGGACGCCUUCUCCUAGAUAUUUGCAUGUGAACUUUGAUGGUAUCCCUGUCUCGCGGAAGUUGGUGGUGAUGUAUGUAGGAUAAGUUGUUGGUCCUUGUUUGCACACGUUAGGAUCACAAGGUGUUGCCAAACAACACGCCCAAUUUGGUUUUCAC